AUGGCCAGAGCAGUUCUUCUGAAGUUAGCACCAUCCAAGCGCUACUUCCCUUCAAGCACAGCAGCCGCUUUCUUGUGGACAAACACUGUCAACAUGCACAUGACGAGGCCAAAAUCUGCCAAGGGACGGACAAGGUCAAGCUUCAGAUGUUCUCCCCAAGUGGAAGCUUAUCCUUGCCGAGUGCCAUCUUCACCAGCAGAUGCCCAGACAUCGAUCAACAGCCAGAGAACCUCCUCGCCAAAACUGGUCUUCCCAUCCAGCCAGAUGUCUCCUGAAGAAAUCCCAGAGCUCCAGCAAGUGCCUUUGAGGACCUCCUCUUCCUUGAACAAGUACAGGGUGCUCCCUUCCAUCGGCAGGAAAGACUUAGGGAGCAGUGCUGUGGAAAUAGUAACUGAGCAGACCAGCAGGCUGAAAUUGAGCAAGCGACUGGAGGGAGCUGAAAAACUCAAAACUCUUUCUAGACAACRAGGAUCUGCCAACAUACUGUCAGAAGCUGAAGAACCUCCUGAGGAAGGCUUGAACGUUCAGCAUCCUCCUGAAAAGCCAGGAAGGAAAAUGAGGCAAGAGAGCUCUUCAUUGUCCACUUUAAGUUUGGAAGAGCCAACAAAGAAAGAGACAAGUUURCUGCUUGCUAUUAGAUCUCCAUCUGGUCAAAGAUUUGAGCAUCGUUUCAAGCCGACAGACAGUCUUCAAACAGUCCUUGCUGUGGCAGAGCAGAAAACCGCUACCAAAUACAAACACUGUAGUGUUGAAACCAUGGAGGUACCAAGAAGGAGUUUUUCCGACCUUACGAGGUCUCUCCAAGAGUGUGGAAUUCUCCACAAGUCAGUAUUGUGCAUCCUGCAGAAAGAGCAACAAGAGGCACAUCUCUUGGGGCCUGAGGAUGGCAGUGCACAUCCCUAGGUGCCUCUGCAGGUCGUGCUGCUGGACAGGAUGCAUUAUUUCUUGUCUGGCAGCCCAAAAAUGAACAGUUGGAAGUUUCCUGGGCCACCUUCUUAAUCUUGCUGUCUUCCAAAAGCUUCUUGUGAAGUAC